GGACCAGUUAGUAGUAGCCGUAGCAGCCAGAAGCAUCAGCCGCAGAAGCAGCAGCUAAUAAAUCUCAGUCUCAUCAAACUCCUCGUCGGAAUACACACAAUCUAGAAACGCACCUUCGGAAGUCCACCGCCGGCCAAACCCACCAGAGUCUUGUAGUGCGUCUCAGUCUCGUUUUGGUGUUUGUUGAGAGUGUACUUACACGCGUGCCGUAUCAACCCAUCCACACGGGGUAGUAAGAAAAAACGCCGGAAGCUUCCGUUCCGUUCGGUGUUUAUCGUGCGAUUAUCUUGUGCCGGAAUCCUCCCGGUUUGUGCCGAAGUGACGCUAGUUUCCGCCGGGCCCGUGUUCCAGCAGUGUUCCAACAUCCGCGCCCCCACCUAGCAGAGACCAGCGAAUCAGCCGAAUCAGUGGUCAGUUUCCGCGUGUCGACACACCAGCUUAGUUCUGUAGAUUGCUAGUUUGCAUCACGAAACCAAACAUUUGACACUUUCAAAAAAAAAAAAACGAACCUCACACCCACACCCGCAAACACACUCGAACCACACACCUCUCCCGUAUCAACCCGUGACCGCGUCGCGCGUCAAGAUAUUGAAGAGCUCGGCCGCGUUUUCCGCGUGCAAACCAGAAGAUAACGAGUAAUCCACUCCAGGUUUGGGCGUGAAAAUAAGCGUGCAUUCAAAGUUCGGUCGGUCGCUGGUAUUUUUGGAAGCAGCAGUAGCAGCAGUAUCGAGGGCAAGUGUGACCGCUUCCCUCCGCUGGAGAACUCCUCAGACCGAACGAAACGAAGAGUAUAGAUAUUUCAUCCAAGAUCGAACACAGUGCGGCUAAUUGAAUCGACGGAAGUUCAUUCGAAGUUGAACACUAUCACUCCGAGCGCCAACAUCUAUAAAUAAAUAUUCAAACAAGUUUAAAUAUACCCCUUUGGUAGUAAAUUGGUAGUUUAAGGUUUUUCGACUUACCGAGUAGGCAAUAAGCGACCACCAAUCGUCAUAUAUGAUAUAAAACGUUGUUUAGCCGUUGAUUGUAGCGUUGUGUAGCAUUGCGUGUUAGAUCUCUCUUUCUAUGUGUAUCCUUGGAAAACGCCAAAAAUCACCGAUAAGAAAAGUAAACACCGUAGUUUGUUUUGUCGUCCGAUCCUGUUGAAAUCGAUAUAGAUGGUUCUCUGUAGCAUCCCAGUAACGUCAACGUAUUAAGUGUUGUAGCAUUAGUGGAGAAAAAAAACAACAAUACACCAACAACAGUCCUAGUAUUCCCUCCGAAGUUGCUGUUAUCAGUUCUGAGCAAGAGUCAUCACAACGUGUGUAGUCGAUCAGCAGCGUGUCUGUGAUUCAGCAUCUAGUGCUAGAAGCAAGUUUAGCGAAGAGCCAAAAGCCAAGUUAAGAGUUAAGAGGUAGUGAGCGGAAAAUUCAAAUCCAAGUGUGAUCUGUGAUCUUUUAUCAAAUAUAUAUUGUCAACGUCUCUAGAGCAGAUUAGUCUUAGUGUCAGCGAUUGCCAGUUGAGUUUUUGUGAAGCAGUAAAUAAUUGGAAAAAAUUGUAGUGAAAAAAGCGCGUGAAAUUUUGCAUCAACAGCAACAACAGCAACAUCAGCAUCAGCAGUAGCGGCAGUGAAAACAAAGUUCAGCAAAGUUAGCUCGCAUAGUCCGGCAGAAAAUAAAAAUCAGAAGCAUUUACGCCCCGUUAGAACAGGCAAUCAAGCUGUGGAAGAUGGAGCACCAGAAUCAGGAUCUCGGAGCGCACCAGUCCGGCAACCAGGCGGAGGUGCCGAAUGACCCAGGAAAAAUGUUCAUCGGAGGACUCAGUUGGCAGACAAGUCCAGAAAGCCUUAGAGAUUACUUUAGUAAAUUCGGAGAAAUCACAGAAGUCAUGGUGAUGAAGGACCCCACGACGCGACGGUCGAGCUCGUCUGCGAUGGGAUUGGCUGAUUCCUCUGCCCCCCUGUACUCGAGGCCAAGAGGGUUCGGCUUCAUCACAUUCGGCGAUCCUGCCAGCGUAGAUAAAGUAUUAGCACACGGUACACACGAAUUAGAUGGUAAAAAGAUCGACCCCAAAGUAGCAUUCCCCAGGAGAGCACAUCCAAAGAUGGUGACGAGAACGAAGAAGAUAUUCGUGGGUGGUUUAUCAGCGCCUACCACACUGGAGGACGUGAAAAGUUACUUCGAACAAUUUGGACCGAUUGAGGAUGCUAUGCUUAUGUUCGACAAACAAACCAACCGACACAGAGGUUUUGGAUUCGUCACAUUUCAGAGCGAAGACGUAGUGGACAAAGUUUGCGAAAUCCACUUCCACGAAAUCAAUAACAAAAUGGUCGAAUGUAAAAAAGCCCAGCCCAAAGAAGUGAUGCUUCCAGCGAACCUGGCGAAAACGCGCACCGCUGGACGUGGGACAUACGAUUUAAUGUGGUCGCUGGGGACUUUACCUGAUGGUUUUCCCGCCGCCGCAUACGCUGCUUACGCAGCCGGCCGUGGCUUCUCGAGCUAUCCGAGUUUCGGACUACCGUACCCCACAGGUGUUAUGGGUCAUGUCAUGCCCGAGAAUCGAAUCCUGGUCGGCGACUACGGUGGUCUAAUGGGUCCGUCAACGUCGUCCUCCUGAGUUCUGGACCUCUUUCCUGCACGCACAAAAAACAAGCACACCAGUUUCGUUGAUUGGGUUGUCUCAAUGUUUGGCACGGUGAUAUUUUUCUCGAUUUGCAAAAAAAUACUAACAGGAAUGUAAUAAUAAAUUGAAACACAAAAAAAUCAGAGCGCGAUUUUUGUUUUUGGAUGGAUGACACCCAUUUAUUAUUAUUAUUUCUCUUGUUGGGUGUGAACCACUGCAUUCAUUAUUUGGAACUAUUGUGGUAUGCCCCAUUUUUUCUACUACGCUUCAAGCUUAUCUACUGCUUAUUGAUAAAGAAGUAGACUGAAAGCUAUUACAAGAUAGGUGCCAAUCAGAAAUAAUCUGUCUGAUGAAAUUUAUAAUCCUACUCGGCAACACAGACCAAACUUUCAUGGGCUCCAGAAUAGCCUUAUCGAGGUGUUGAAGUCUGCGUCUUGUUAGUGCUCCGCAAUUGCAGAGCAAAUGUUCCGAGGUUUCGCUUUCGGCAUUACAAAAGCGACAAAUAUCAUCUUGCACAAAAACUAUGUUUUUGAGAUGGUAUUUACUCGGAGAGUGUCCUGUUAUAAGGCCAGUGAAGUCUUUCUUAUUAAGACUCAGCAAUUGUUGAGUAAUUUUAAUACUCGGCCUGAUAUUUUUUUGACGUAGGACUAUGUCUUUCAUUUCUAUAUUGGGGUGUAAGUUCAAUGUUUCGAAAACGAAAGCGUUACGCCGGAGAACGAAAUUUUGAGCAUUAAUAACUCCUAAACAACUGAACGAAACGGUAUGAUAAACAUUUUAUUCGAAAGAUAAAAUGUCUAUGCGUUAUAUGCUUGUUACUUUUUGAAUCAAACACUUGUUUCAAUAGCCCUAAAAUUGCUUUCAAAACAGGCUAUUGAAAUCACACCAAUCGGUAUAUAAGCGAGUGCCGCUCGGAAAUCCACUCAGUAACGAUUGCGCAACGAUUGAGGUACGACCGCUGGAAUGGAUGAAUGUUUCCCUAACACAGACUUCAAAACCAUGAAACCUGUGGAAAUAGGCAUAGCAAAUUAGAUGCAAGCAGCGGGGAAUUUUGUACUCGUUUGCGUUUUUGCAAAUUGGAAUGUUUCCCUAACACAGACUGCAAAACAGAUGCAAGCUGCGCGUACUUUAGUACUGGCAUGUAUUUCUGCUAAUCAGAAUGUUUCCCUAACACAGAUUUCCGAACCAUGAAGUCUGGGAAAACCGACAUUGCAAAAUAGAUGCAAGCUGCGGGUACUUUUGAACUCGCUUGCAUUUUUGCAAACAGGAAUGUGUAUUCCCAAUAUAGAUUUGAAACCAAGAAGUUGGGAAAAUCGGCAUUACAGUUACAUCCAAGUCGGCAAUACUUUUAUACCACCAAGCAUUUAUACAAUCCGGAAUACGUUUUGCUAUCACGGUCUACAAAAGCGGGUACACAUGCAACGCUUUGGCUCGAUUGUUCAAGACUGCAUUGGAAGAUAUUUCUUCAUGUCGCCAGCUCACUGAACUUCUACGUAUACCGUUUGAUUAUUGGGCAAAAUGUUGAUAACUAUCUGCUGCGAUAACUACUACCAUAAUGCAUGAAUUGACUUAAAUUGGGAUUCGUUUGCAAUUGAAUUCGUAAAUAGUUUCAUUCAUUCACUAGUUUCAUCAAUAAUUUAUUCAAUACACACAAAAAUAGCUCUACGCAGCGGCGAUAUCGUACUCAAUGAGGAACAUCCGAGGUGGGAUUAUUGCUAAUUGAAGAAAUACAAUUGAUUACUAAGCCAACGGCAGUCCUACGUCAACCCCGCGGUUAUAUCAAAGGUAUAACCCAUCCAUAGUUUUUUGACUGACUAGUUAGAUUGCACAGCCAUCCAGUUGGCCGUCACUUCCCGGUCUUCCCAUUACUUCAGCUCACUCUUCAACACACGUUCACGUUUUUUUGGAUCACGAUAUCCUCUCUGUACUGUCAAGCCACCAUCCCAUUCAAAAAUAAUAUGUCUGGUGCACCCGUGGUCGAGUGGUUAGCGUAUCACAUUAUCAUGCCGGGUGUUCGGGUUCAAUUCCCGUUCUGGCCGGGGGAUUUUUCGUCAAAGAAAUUUCCUUCGACUUGCACUGUGGUCACGCGUAUUCUAGAGCUUGCCCCUCGGAAUACAUUCAAGGCGUGUUAUUUGGCUGAAGAAAUCUCAACUCAGUAUUACUAAAUGACGCUAGUUAAUGCAUACGUUGAGACGGAAAAAGUUCCACAGGGAACGUGAACGCUAUUCAAGAAGAUGUCUGUGAUCAGACAAAGACGCCUCUUCCGAAACGUGGCAGUGGUGUAUUUUCUAAGAAAUUAGCGUACUGCACAGUGUUAGGUGCAGGACUUCUUGUCUGAUAGCGUUUGUAAACGUUGGUUCCUACCUAUAUUGGCAAUGUCAAUAUUGUUCGAAGAGAUAAAUUCUAAUAGGCAUUCACCUCGUCUGUUUAUGUCAGAAUUUCCCCACCAAGUUUGAUGAGCGUUGGCAUCACAGCCGAUUAUGAAGUCUUUGUUGACUUCCCUGCAGCAACCUCUUGGAGAAGAGCUUCAAGAACGUCACUAAGAAAAUAAAUCGACGCAAUUUUUAUGUCUUCCCUUGGUGGUUGAGAGCUCAACUUAUGUCGCGAUGAUGAUAUUUGCAUUUACUAAGACAGCAGUUCUUGGAGAGUCAUGGUUGUCAUCGUAGAAUAACUUACAUGAACUUGUUUGAAUACCAAGUAUUCUUCAUUUGUGGGCUCAAGGCUCUUGAAUUAGAGCUAAAUCAUAGCGUCUUUGAUAAACCUCCUAGACCGAACAGUCGAUGUUGCUCUAGCGUGAUGAAGGUUUAUUCACAGAACCUUAGUGUUCUGCGUUAGUUUUGACCGUUUGUUUGGUACACUAUGGAGAGUUUCUAAACCUAUUGCGAUAGCCGCUGAGACAGGACCGCUUGGCCUAGGAACUGCCAGAUAUUCAACCUUCGGGGAUUUGUAAGAUUCACCUUGUAGAAUCUUCUCCUUACCAAAAUCCCUGAUGACGUCUCUUUGAACUUAAUGUAGAACCACGAAUUUGGCGCCACUAGUUCCAGAAGACCUCAGAUUUCCAAGGUUUUUGGACCUUAGAGAUUCCGGACUGCCGGAACCCUAAAAGUUUUUUGACGUGGGACUACGUCUAACCGAAAUAUAUGGGGGGUAAAAUGAAAACUUAAACACUGAACAUGCAGGAAAAAAUAAAAGAUUUCGAAUGCUUAGAGCUCGAACAUUUCUUACUGGAUUGGAAAGAUGUUUGCAUCAAAUGAUAGGGAAUAUUUCAAUUAUAAAAUUAUAAAAUGUUAUGUUUCAUUAGAUCAAUAAGUGAAUAACUGCAAAAUGUUAAGCGUAAUGUUACCUCGUUUUGAUUGGCCCGAUUUACGGUUUCUCCAAUACAGACUUCAAUACCAAGCAGCCUUGGGAAAAUCGGCAUUGCAAAUAUAUGAAAGUAAGGGGAGCUUUUGUUCCCACUGAAAUUCGUUUCCCUAAAACUGACUUUAAAUCCAAGGAGCAUGGGAAAAUUGGCAUUGCAAUUCAUUCAGGUCGGGGACUUUUUUGUUCCGUCUAAAUGUGUUUCCCUAACACAGACUUCAAAUCCAUGGAGAGAAAGGAAAUUGGCAUUGCGAAUACGUGCAAGUCGGGGACAUUUUUGUUCCGACUAAAAUGUGUUUCCCCAACACAGACUAGAGUAUGUUUCCCUAACACGGUCUUCUAAACUUAGGAAUCAGGGAAAAUCAUGCAGACACUAGAGGCGAAUGAACUUUUAAGUUUAAAGCCACUAUAGUAUAAAAAGUAGAAGGGUCUGAGCCUAGGGGCACGGACGGAAGUUUGAUGUAGGACUGUGAUUGUUCAGAACAGCUGUUUUUAAUGUAAUUUUUUUUAAUGUAAUGAAUAUCAGUGUGACACAUAACAGGGUGAAAUGGUAAAUGAAUAUAUGGGGAUCGGUAAAAAAUUAUCUCGUCAUUGAUUACAUUGAAUAUAAAGUUUAUAGGGAGAAACAAAAAGCAAGUUGAAAAUACUUACGAUUUUGUGAUAUUUUGUGGUAAAAUAAACACCAAAUCAUGAAGUUCCUUCAUUUUUGAUGGAUAACUAUGGUGUUGUGAUUUCUUUCCAUUGUCUUAUUCUUGUUAUUAGUCUUAUUCUAAGGCAUCGGGAGCAGUAUCUAUCUCGGUGAAAUAAUUUUCGUUUGUAGACUAUCACAGUCAAUUAAUAUUGGUUCUACUGCUCAAUCUGUCAUAGAAAAAAUUGAGUCAUUGAGAAUUAUGAAUAUUAUUCAUGAAGAUAAUUAAUAUUUCAUUUUUGUGAUGCGAUGUCAUGUCGAUCUCUAUAAGUCCUCGCAUGAUAAUCGCUGUCAUCCUCCUAGUAUUGAUAUCAUUCUUCGCUGUACAAUAGCCCAUGUUGCCCGGAAGACACUCGGUUAAGAUGUUCGUCAGUUAUGUCUCAACUAUAGAUGUCAUUUUCAAUUUAAAAUAUUGCUUUUGCUGUUUUGCAGUCCAGUUAACGAGUAAAAGUCGAUAAUUGUAUUGAUUUCCCGGCCGAAUUGACGAUCACGAUCACUGUAUGGGUGACACUUUCCUCGUUGCUUUGAUGAAAUCUUGCAUGAAAUUUGAGUGAUGCGUGAAAUUUUGCAUCUGAUCACUGAAUUUGUUUGACGAAACAAAUUAUUGCACACAAUUUUGUGUUGCAUAUAACAUGCAUGGGAGCGAAGUUGAAAGUUAGCUUCGCAUCCGCUCGCAAAACAUGCCUCUUUUAUUUGUUAAAUUACUCACUUGUUUUAUUAUUUUCACUGUUGAUGUCUCAGGCGAAAAACAAAGUUGGAUAAAUUUCCCGUCUAAUGAUGUAUAUUAUAACAUAUAUCGCAAGAACAAACAAUUCUGCGUAAUAUGCAAUUGAAAACUACUAAUAAACGUUACAUUUUUCGUAGAGUGACCACCCCCCCCCCCCCCUUUAUGGAAAUCAAAGACGUAGUCCUACGUCAAAAGUAGAAGUUGAAGUUGUUGAUUCAUGCAAGCCGGGGGUACUUCUGCAUCAUACCAAACGUAAAAAGACUGUCAUGAAUUUACUUGUAACGGAGAACAUAAUCUAUCAUUAUGCAUAAAUUGACCUUACAUGGCAUUUGUUCAAACUUCUUACGCACAACGCAAAUAUUUGAAUUCAAUUGAAUUCGGAAAUUGUUUCAUUCAAUCAUAAAUUUAUUGAAUACAAACAGAUGAUUACUAAGCUAAGGUAGUCCCAUGUCAACUUUGCGGUUAUAUCAUAGAUAUAACUCACCCCAUUUUUUUUUUUUGACGUGGGACUACGUCUAACCGGAGUAUAUGGGGGUAAAAUGAAAACCUAAACACAGAACAUGCAGGAAAAAAUGAAAGAUUCCGAAUGCUUAUAACUCGAACAUUUCUUAGUGGAUCGGAAAGAUGUUUGCAUCAAUUGAUAGGGAAUAUUUCUACGCUUCUAUCGCUAUUGAUAAAAUGUUAUUUUUCAUUAGCUAAACAUAUGAAUAAUUGUAAAAUGUUAAGCGUUAUCUAAACGCCCUGACUGCCUCAUUUUGAUUGGCCGAUCUACGGUUUCCCUAACACAGCCAUCAAAACCAAGCAGCCUUGGGGAAAUCGGUAUUGCAAGUACAUGAAAGUAUGGGGUAUUUUUGUUUCGACUGAAAUGUGUUUCCCUAACACAGACUUCAAAUACAUGGAACGUGGGGUAAUUGGCAUUCCAAAUACAUGAAAGUCGGGGGCAUUUUUGUUCCGACUGAAAUGUGUUUCCCUAACACAGACUUCAAACCAAGAUAUCUGGGGAAAUGGGCUCAGCAAAUAAAUGCAAACUGCGAGUACUUUUGUACUCGCUUGCCUUCGUGCAAACUAGAAUAUGUUUCCUUAAAACGGUCUUCCGAGGGUACUUCUGCACUCGCAUGUUUUUUUUUGCACUCCGAAAAGUGUUUUCCUAACACGGAUUACAAAAGCAGAUACGAACGCAACGCUUCGGCUCGGUUAUUCAAGAUUACAUUGAAGGAUAUGCCUUCAUAACCGUUUGCUACGAUAACGCAUAUUGAUUAAACAAUAUGCGUUCAAUGUACAUGUCAAAAUCGAAACUGAGUGCCUGAAGUUCAUCAAAUCAAGCAAAUUCGCGGUUCAAGAAAUACGUACACUUGAGAGAUGCAAACUUCAGAAGGAAACGUAAAAGAGAAUAAUCGUUUGAUAAUUCGUAAAAGGACUGUCAUUAAAUUUACUAGUAACAAAGAACAUAAUCUAUCACAAUGCAUGAAUUGACCUUAUAUGGAAUUAUACAAUAUUUUUACUCACAAAGCAAAUAUAUUGAAUUCAAUCAAAUUCGGGAAUUGUUUCAUUCAAUCAAAAAUUUAAUCAAUGCAAACGAAUGAUUGCUACACUAAGGUAGUCCCACGUAAACCUUGCGGUUAUAUCAUAGAUAUAACCCACCCUUUUUUUUGUUGUUGUUGGGAUUAUUCAUAAGGGUCCAUCGAGUUGCGCGGUAAAGGAAGUAAACUGCAUCAGAGACCUACUUAAUGCAGUAAGGGCACAAAGUACUGUGGAGAGCGCCCUGGUACUCCGCAAGCUCCGUUAGUGGCAAGAUAUUGAAGUAAACCCCUUCGACCAUUCAUUCAUUGGCACGAGUCGCGUCACACCUUGGCUUAGGGGUUUAUCCGUUACUUUCAUGGCACCCGUUAUUUCCACUACGAGGAUUCACAGUUGGAACUAACUUCCUCUCGCUCGGAUGGAAGACACCUUCGGUGACAGCAUAAUCAGGUUUCAAUUUCUCCGCGAACCGCCACUAUUGCACUUCAGUUAAUCGCAGUUCUCUUCAAACAUGGCAUCAAUUACACUUUAUUUGCUGUAAACAGGCCCUCAUUUUUGCCCGAUAUCCAGUGAAAACUCCUCCAUUAUUUAUCGCUACUAUAAUUCUACAUUUGAAAACGCAUUCGACCAUCGACCUCCCCAACCCAAUCCACCCAAACAGCGAAAAACUAGAACAAACGCUCUUCGAACACCGGUACGAACCCCAACGGUCGGAGGCUGAAUACGGCUAAUCCAGUGCUGUACCGUACCGAGGCGUCGGAUAAAUAUGCAUGUAUAGACACAUACCCGUCCCCACCAUGCCCCCUGCACUCUCGCCUAUACCAAAUCGAUAAUGCAAAUUUAGUCAUUACUUUGCGCCAGCAAUUACCAAUUGGAAUUGGCCAUCACAAAUGGAAGUCGUAGUGAGCGCAGCAUUGCAGUGUGUGGGAUGUGUGCGGUAUUCCGGUGAAUCCACUCUCUCUCCGUUUCGCGCCAAGUCCAGUCCAUUUUGAAUUGUCCGGGUGUGAUUCGGUGAAUAUUGGAAGUAAUGUGCCCGACGGCGCAAACUUCCACCACAAACUGCCUGCCCAACCCAACAACCCCACAUUUCCAUUGCGGUGGAAAGCGAUCAUUGGUCAACAACGAGGAGCAAUUUCUCGCACACGGGAAUGUAUUUUGAAUGAUGUUUCGGUUUUGGGCAAAUUUACAUUUUCAUUACUAAUUCUAACAUCGGUUAUUGGAAGGUUUAGGCGGGGGUGGCGACGGCGCGUGAGCCGAGUGAGACUUUGCGCGUUGUUUGGGAAUUGUUCAUUUCUAAUUUUGCCAGCAGCAGGGUUGAGGCUCUUCUUGACGUUCGACGAGCGACGGAUGGCGUUUGAAAUGCGAUGCGAAAUGCUAUAAUUUUAUGGCUUCGACGUUCUUCCAAUCGAGCGGCCGUCAACCGAUUAUACGGAUAAAGCCCGGAUCUCGCUUCCUCUCACCCGGUACGACUGUAAUUGGGGGCGAAAGUUCGCCAGAGUGCCGAUAUUGGCACCAUUGAUAGCUUAGGAGCAACAUAGGCGAAAUUGUUUAUUGGUUUGGUAAGUAUCGGGAAUCGUAGUUUCGAUCUGGGCGGCGGCGUCGGUGGCGGCUGGUUGGAACGCAUCGGCGUUUGAACUUCCGCUUCCCCGUUGUGCGAUGCGAAGGCACUCGCAUCGAUUGGUUUAAUGUAAUUUGAUUGAAUCCACUCAGUCGACUCGAGCAGCUAAUGUGGGAAGUGAUUUCCCGUGUAAAAGUCCAUUGUAGAAUCGAUUGUUUGACUGCCUCUUGAUUUUUGCUUUAACAACGAAAAAUUUGCAAUAAACCCAAAUAAUAGAAUCACCACAAAAAACAGAGAAAGCAACGCUUGAUUUAUUGCGAACUAGAUUCAAUUAAUUACGUUCAGCAGAGAGAGUGCGAGUACCUGAACGAGUACCGAACGCACGGCGAAAAAAAAAUCUGCUUCGACUGCUAUUUUUACAACUGACGAUGCGAGCCAUUACCUAGCCCAGCGGUUGCUUUUUUCGUUUAUUAAUUUUGCAUCGUGACACAUUUUAUUUAUUCAUGCAUUCGGCGCUACACCAAUGCCAGUUACGGCCAGUUUCACGAGGGGGUGGAGCGAAGAUCCACACAGUGGGUCGUUUCAGAAUUGGUGCCGUUGAAGAGCCCCUUCUCAUCAUAAAAUAUUCCCCACCAUGCCAAUAAUGCCAUUCCAUUUCCAUCAUUUUCGGUAUUAUUUUCUACCCUAUAAUUCAUCUUCGAGCUGUUAUUUAAUCAUCGUUAUAAUGCUUCCACUGUGCGAAACGGUGGCCUUUUUUUUGUUUCACCAUUGAAUCCCCAACACACACAAACAUACCACACAUACAAAUACCCAAACAUAGUCCACAGAUACAAACAAAUGAUCAGACGCUCACCCAAUGGCCCUAUCUAUUAAAAAUCAUAGCAAAAGUAUCCAUUAUGGGCGCAAAUUACCGUCCGAAUGGGCAGUUUGAACGCGGGGAUGAUACAAAACAAAAUACCAAAUAAAACGAAUGCAAUAAUGUGUGACCGUGUGUGGACAUCGUUACGAGGAAAUCACAUACCUGUAUCAACCGUAACAACGUAACUCAAAUUGAGCCUGGGGCGAUAGACCGUGGUUCGACGUCAGGGGAAAAAAACUGGUGCUAUCGGAUUAAUUCUCAAGCGUCUCGUAUCAAUUCAAUUUGAUCCAAGUUUGUUCUUUGUGGGAUGGCAAUAAGUGUGAUAUCUAGAUAACUGAACGAGAGAAUAUUAAAGGUUUCAGCUCUAGAACAUAAAGCAAUGCCCACAUUUUAUUCUGGAACUGUAGAUCAUGAUUGAAAAAUAUUUUGUUUGUCAAAGAAAAAGAAAACAAAUGGCUUAGAAACACAGUAGAUGCAUUUUCUUACACUACCCUUUUGCUCAGAAAGGUAUCGGCGAGCGAAAACCAACGAAAAGUAUCGGUUCUUUGAAUAUGUAUAUUAGGGUGCCAAUGAAUGUAUGGGAAAAAAUCGACCCUAAAAUUUCAAAAAGUUACCCUAUACAAAAUGUUCACCAUCUCGAAAAA